AUGGCAAUCUUCGACUCCGAGAAGCGCCCUCGAGGCCUUCGUGUGCCCUCGCUCGCAGCACUGAAGUCUUCAGCAACGAAAUCGCAAUUCUCUUUCCAAAAGAAAUCCGACUUGCCAGCUGAUUUGCCGUCUGACGAAUCAAUCUCACCUAAACCGACAUCCUUUCCUGCCCCUCCACCACCAAAGCCGGCCCCUCCGCCGGACAAGGAACUACCAGCUCCCCCGAAAGUGGACAUUCCAGCCUCAUCCAACAACCCAUACUUCCCUCCAAUUCCCGGAAAUGCAAUCCCAGAACGACGCCCAGUUGAACGGGUCCCUGUCCCAACGCAGUCUCCUCCCCCUCGGAUGACAGGUAUGCGGACCAAGAAAUCACAGCCUGAUUUCCACACGCCUCAACAACAGCCAACCCCAGUGACAUACUCUCCCCCACCUCAAGUCCCGACCCUAGUCCAGGCUCCAGCUCCAGCUCCAGGUCCUGCUCCUGCCGAUGAGGCCAGCUCCCCUCUGCCGACAGACUUCAUCCCGACCCCAGAUAGUGUUGAACCGCCACUAUCAGUCCCAGAACUGUCGCGCGAGGAACUGGCCCCCCUCACCCUUUGUCCCUCCGGAUGUUGA